CCUUGAUCAUCACCAUCUGCGGCUCAAUGCGGAGACCAUGUGAAGGAUUCCGCUAUAGUUGCGUCGCAUUUCGAUCUGAUUCGAUCUUCGCUUGGCGGUCUGUGGUGUUUUUUGACUCAUACGGAUGGAUGCCUGCGUGCUGCGCGCCUUUUGACAUGUCGUGUUUCUUCUCCGAUUGAGUUAGUGCAAGGAUGAUGACUGGAUGUUAUCCCUAUUGGUUGUGUGUGUGUUCAUCUUGCAGGAUUGUUGGAGAGUGAGGGGAUGGAGGCGUGUGGAUGAUUGGUACGGGGUUUCGUUUGUGUGUGCUAAGAGUGAUGGUUGGUUAGUAAAUACGGGAGUCUGCCUCGCCUGGUCGAUGUAUCUGUGCAUAUUUGUCUAGGUAUAUAUAAGAGGAUCAAAUGUCGCGUGUUUCCUUGAGGGCAGAUAGACGUUGGUCAUCGCAUCUCGCAGCAACAUCAGUUCGGCAUCUUGCUGCGUCAUCAUUUGGUAUCAUGGCUUCGGCUACGCAGGUUAGGCUGCUUGACAGCAGCUCGAAUCCAUCUCUCACGCUUCAAAUCAAGCCGGUAGAAGGCCUCAAUGCCGAUUCACACGCUUCCAUGGAUGAAGCAGCCCACUUGGCUGGCCUCUGUCGUGCUGCCCUCAACAAUCUGAAUACUUACAUGGUCGACAUCCUUAGGCCUUCGCAUGGCUACACGGCAGAUGAUAUCCUCGAAUUGCCACUCGACAGACACAGGAUCGAAGACGUCCUGCACGACUUGCCCAGCCGGAAAUCGACUCGACACAACCUCGCCGUCGCUGUGUCUUCGCUACUGCACCCGGUCCACGACGGCUCACUGACGUCCAUCAUUCGCUACGACGCCGACCGUGUCCGUCUUCGCGCAUGGGCUUCUCUCCAGCGUCGCUAUGACUUGCUGCAGGCCACCAAACGCAAUGGCAAAAUGGCUCCAGGCAUGACUGGCGGCGUCGAACCUGGUGUCCAGGCCCCUGCUUGGGCCAGCCGCAUCACCGGGCAGGGACCGUGGGACGCCGUCAAGAAACCCAUAUCGCUCGGGGGCCCGAAAGCUAUCCCCAUGCCGGUGCAGAUUGCCCAAGCAGAAGAGCUGGCGCCAUUCUUUGAGCAUCUAUCCAAAAGCGGCGAUCAUGAGAUUGAAGGCGUGAACGGCGCUGUUGAGCUCCAUGAUGGCAACGGCGAGCCGUAUUACAGCGUCCGUGGCGCAGAGUUCCGCCGAGGAGUUGUGUAUGAAGAUGGGCGGAUGGAUCUCUGCAAAAUGGUUGUCGGCCCUGAUCAUAUUGGCCAGUUGAUGGAGAGCUUGCGGAUGAAUACCCAUGUUCGGCACUUCCUGCUAGGCAAUAACAUCAUUGGCCCGACUGGUGCCCAGGCUAUUGCUCGGUUCAUCAACGACUUCCCAGAUCGCAUGGACACUUGGUAUCUUGCGGGCAAUUGCAUCCAAGGCGGGGACAACUUCAAGACUCUGGUGGAUGCGCUGGUCAAGUCGCCUGCCGUGACCAAUAUCUGGUUGAAACGCAAUCCGCUUGGGCCAGAUGCCGCCAAGGACGUGUAUCGUCUCAUCACCGAGACGAGGAACUUAAGCACGCUUGAUCUUGAUCAAACUGAGCUUGGAGAUCGCGGCGUUGCUGACUUGUUUACCCGUCUGGCCGCUUAUUCUUCCCCUGGUGGCAACAAGCUGCCUCUGCGACAGAUUUACUUGAAUGGCGUUGGCAUGUCGGCCAAGGGAGCUGCUGCCAUCGGCAAGUUCCUCGCGUCGCCGUAUUGUGGCGUAACCUCGAUUUACAUGUCGCUCAAUCCGCUUGGAGACGAGGGCGUCCAGGCUCUCGCUGAAGCACUGCCCAAGGCACCGUAUCUGGCUCGACUGCUCGUACAAUCGGUUGGAGCCAGCACCCAAGGUGCCGUGGCGCUGUGCAAAGCCUUGACUGGACAUGCUGGUAUCCGGACUUUUGAUCUAGGCCAGGCCUAUGCCACUGAAGAUCUCGGCCAGGCGUACAAUUAUAUCGAAGAUGAAGCCAUCCCCGCUAUAUCGGAACUCUUCAUGAACACGCCUCAGUUGCAGUACUUCAACCUGGGUCAUUGCGCCACCACGCCCCCUGGUCUGCUCAGGCUGACGCCGGCGAUCCUGGAGAACCCGAGCUUGAUAUUCUUCUUUGCAACAUCAAUCUUGGCUGACCCGUCUAGGAAAUCCGUGACUUUUGUGCCGUCGAUUGACUCGGCAUUCCCUCACCCGGAUGCUCCCUCCACGGAGCAGAUCAAGUCCGAAAAGGCGAUCCGAGAGCACCUCGAGGCCAAUGUGAAGAAGACUUUUGGUGAGGAUGUGUCGUACGCGGACUUCAUGGCCGAGGAGAAACGUUGGCUGGUCAGCGACAAGGUAGUUCGCAAGAUCGACAGCGUGUAUCGGAAUCGAGAUGCUGGACUGGCCCGUCGUCGCUUGCUGACUCUGGUCAAAGAUUGGGAGGAGGGCGAUGAGACUUUGCAGCGGGUUAUGGAUGCUGGACAGCACUGAUCUGCUCCUCAGGGUCAAGGUUUUACAAGAGAAUCUCCUCUCCUCCUGUGUUUCUGUAAAGAGAAAUUGUUAGCUAUUACCUAGGUAGUCAAUCGUUCGUUAAUUUAAUGCAAUAUCAUUGU